GGCGCGCAGCGCCGGGCGAGCAGCUGGCGGCGGCAGCGGCCGCGCGGGGACAGAUGGGGUGAGAGACAGCGCGCGGCCGGCUGUCAGCGCGGCCGCAGCCCCGCCGCGGAGGGAGCCCCUCCUCCCCGCGGGUGUGCGCCGCUCCGCCGGGCCGGCGGGAGCCAUGGCGUCCAGCGAGGAGGACGGAGGCGGCAACGGCGCGGUCGAGGAGAAGGAGAAUGGCAAGAAGAGGCGGCUGGGCGCCCUGGCAACGGCCUGGCUCAUCUUCUACAACGUCGCCAUGACGGCGGGGUGGCUGGUAUUAGGUAUUGCCAUGGUGCGGUUUUAUAUACAGAAAGGAACACAUAGAGGCUUAUUCAGAAGCGUUCAAAAGACGCUUAAAUUUUUCCAGACAUUUGCUUUGCUUGAGGUAGUCCACUGUGCAGUUGGAAUAGUUCGCACAUCUGUGCUUGUGACUGGGGUCCAAGUGAGUUCAAGAAUCUUCAUGGUGUGGUUCAUUGCACAUAGCAUAAAACAGAUCCAGAAUGAGGAGAGCGUUAUUCUUUUUCUGGUCGUAUGGACUGUGACAGAGAUUACUCGAUAUUCCUUCUACACAUUCAACCUGCUCAACCAUUUGCCAUACUUCAUUAAAUGGGCCAGAUACAACUUUUUUAUCAUUUUGUAUCCUGUUGGAGUUGCAGGUGAACUGCUAACCAUAUAUGCUGCUUUACCCUAUGUGAAGAAAACAGGAAUGUUUUCACUGAGACUUCCCAACAAAUAUAAUGUCUCCUUUGACUACUAUUACUUCCUUAUUAUUGUCAUGUUCUCCUAUGUGCCAUUAUUUCCACAACUCUACUUCCACAUGCUGCGACAGAGAAGAAGGGUGCUUCAUGGAGAAGUGAUUGUGGAAAAGGACGAUUGAAUCAAGCUGUGUAACUAUGGUGCUUUUAAUGGAAGAAAAGAGGGUAAAAAACCAAAGCUUCCUGUGAUUUUUCUGAGUCCAAGUUUUAAAACAUGGAACAAGAAUAAACUACUGUGCAUAAAAUAGCAUGGACUGUAUUAUUUUUACAAUUAAUAUAUCUUCAGACUUACCUUUUCAUCCUUAGUUUUACCUUGAUUUUUAAUUAUUCAUUUCUUCAGACAAAUUAUUUUCUUAUUUCAUUAGUUUAACAAAUAGCUGUAAGAAUUGGAAUAGUUGACUACUGUGCUUUCUGUUCUCAAAGUUCUUUUAUGACCUGUAGUCAUCAUCAAGAACUGAAGGAGAGCUGAUAAGUUGUAAUGAAAGUGAGUCUUCUGGAAAACAGAGCAUGAAUUAAGUAUUGAUGUUUUUCAUAGACUAGGUGACUUAAAUGUCAUUUAAGCUUUAUAUUAAAUAAUACUUUUCCAGUUAUAAGUACUGUUAGCACGUUGUUCAACAUUCUUUGAAUUACAGGAUCACACUGUAGAAUUUCGGAAGGACUUUUGAAAGGAGCUCUGUGUAUUUUCAUUUGUAAUUUUAAAGGUCUGUAGAAUAAUAGAUACAAUAUUAACUGGUUAAAAGUUUGUGCUGAGGAGUAGACUUGAUGUGUGCCUACCUUUCUCUGGUCAGUGGCUGGAAUGGGGCUUGUUUGCAGAGGAAGACUGUCAGCAUGUUUCCUAUUCUACACUUAUAUAUGCAUAAAAAUGAUGGUAUUGCAUUUAGAAACUGUAGCUAUAGUGAGAUAUUUAACUUCUUAUAAAUAGCUAAGUGGGAUAAAAUAAUAUUCGAAAUAGUGUCUUAAAAUAUAAGUUGUGCUUUGAAUCAUCCCCUUGUGCAAUUUUAAUUGCUCCCUGCCCAUUAAUUGUUUAUGCUGUGUUGACCUAAUUCUGUUUAAUGUCUUCAAUAAUCUGCAAGAGGGAUCUACAGUAGAUUAAUAAAAUUUACACAUGAUAUUAUGCUAUAUGAUACCUGAGUGGGAGAGGUCCAACAGAUUAGAUGCAGCCUAAGAGAUUCAGAGAAAAGGUAAUGCAUUUGAGGAAACUUGGAUACUUGUGGAGAGAGAAGAUAGAAAUGUAGUGAUGUAGUAAGAAGCCUCCACAAUGUAGGCAACAAAGUUGCUUCUGGCAUCACUGAUGUCAAAAGAAGAGUAUAUAUGCAAAAGAGCUGCGUCAGGCAGCUGGAAAUCAAAAUACUUAUGAUUGCUGAGGUCAUUUCUGAAGCAUGGUCUUGUAUUUUGGGUACUUCAGGGGUGAGGAAUUGAGUCAAUCUUCUGAAAAGUCAGAGAACAGUAACAGAAUCAGUUGAAGUGAGAAGGAAGUCAGAAAGACUGAGUUGUUAAGUAUGUGUAACUGUUUGUUAUAUGAUAAAUAAAUGUAAAGGAAGAAGCUUUCUAAGUAUGAAGGUGUAAAUACAACUGUUUAUAUACUUUGAAACAAGGUAAAUAUCCAAUGAAUAUCAGGAGAAGUAUCCUACCAAUGAGAUAAGUUAGGUCAUGGAUGACAAAGCAGCGCGGAUCAAUGCAUACAAUUGCUUGGAAGGUUUUAAGUUAGAUGUAAUGCAAUAGUGGAAAAUAAUCUUCCUUUGGCAAGAGUUUGAACUACAUACUUGAAUAGGCAGUUUCCAUUUUUAGCUUUGAUGAUUCUAUGAUAAUACAGCUUUUUUUACAAUUGUAGAUACACCUUUUUCUGCUGUAUCUGGUAAUUUGAUGAAAAACCAAGGAUUUACUACAUCCCUAACUUUCAAAUUCCAUUUUGUGCCUUAAAUUUGUGGUAUUUAUGCAUGUCUUCAUUACCUGUAAAUUAGUUUUCUUAUAAAUGACAGGUGCAUAGUGGACUUGAAAUAGAAUAGUUAUAUUUCUUACAAUUUUAAAAAGUGUAAUCUUUGUAUUUUUUAGAACAAAUUUCACGCAAGGUGCUAUCAUUUAUUACUUCUGGUUUAUAUGCAGCUAAUAUUAUUAAAAGUUUAAAAUAUAGAUUAAAUUUACAACACUGCAUCACAAAAUAGUUGUGUUACACAUGUUCAGACUAGCAGCUGUAUUUGUGCAAAGUUCUUAAGAGUACUGUUCUAUAAACUUCACUUGCUUUUUGAUCCAUGAGGAACAUCAUGGCACUUUUUAGAAAUAUUUCUCAGUUAGCAAGCAGAAGAGUGUGAUGAAAUACGAGUAACUAAGAUUAGAUUAAAUUCCAUGUCUUUUUUUACUGUCAGGGCAGCUCACUGAAGACCAUAGCUAUCGAUUCAUCGAAAAUGCAUUGGAUACUUUAAGGAUGUGAUUUUUAAAUCCUUGAUCCGAUGAGUGUAUCCCACAAAUGCUAUUCCUGUAACAAAAGGAAUACCUGCACUAUAAUACUGUAUUAUAUUUGUUUUCAUUGUGGCCUAAGGAUAUUAUCAUAUGUCAAUCAAGGAGCUAUUUAUAUAUCCUUUUGUACAUGUGACAAGAAAAAAAUACAGCACCGUUUGCUGAAACCUUGGCUUUGCACUUUCAUAAAGCAACAGUGCACAAGGUAAUGAUACAAUUUUAAAAGUGAUUUACAGCUAGAGAAGAGUCUUGCUAAAUGAUAAAUGAAUAAAAAUAAAGCUAAAAAUCAUUACAGUAUUGCUUCAGUGUUUCAUAGACCAGAGAGAUUGCCAUGUAGAUUAGUUUACAUGGCAUGCACUAUAAAAAAACCAAGCAAUGUGUUCUUUUCUUCCUCAUCUUUGAUUAAAGCCUUUCACUGAAGCCUCAAUGUAUAACUUUUGCUUUAGUAUCUUCUCAAAGAUCGUGAAAAUUGCAGGUAGAGUCCUCUUACCGUUGACUUUAGAUGGGCCAGGAUUUUAUCCUAGGUAGCUUACUUAAACUUCAAUAUAACAUCAUGAAACAUUUAAUUAGUUUGUUAAGUGGACAUAAAAGGUUAAGUAUGAUUUUCUUAUGGUGCUCUCUUUCCAACUUCUUUUUGACACCUGUCUUUUUGUCUUCCUCUCUGCAAUAUUCCUGGUUUUCUAAAGCAUUGAAAUCCUCCUGCUUAUGAAAGAUUAGGAAUAUAUUCAGGCAUCAGUGUCUUUAAUGUUUUGAUGUAGUCUUCAACAAAUUAUUCAUAAAAGGUGUUUUCUUACUUGUGCUAUAUAUGCCUUCUGGAAUGGAUUAAUAUAGAGUAUGACCUUAUAAAGCUUUUUAAUGUCAGUACAUAGGAAUAAGCAUUUGGAAGGAGAUUCCUAUUCAUCAGGUGACAUUUCCUACUAUUGAUAGUAACAUAAAUACACCAUCCUUUUCAUAAACUCCAGCUGAAAGCAGUUGGAUUUCUUGAGGUUCCCCCUAACACUCACAGGCAGUUCCCGCUGGGAAAGGCUGUUCUGGGACUGAUGGGGUGAAUCACCUUGUUUCACAGCUCUGCCCAGCAUGUCGAGGCCAGACCCUGGCCUCAGGGCAUGGGCAGUACAAAGGAAUAUGACACUGAGAAAUUGCAUCUUCCACAUUAGCUGCCAAGAGGGUCACUGAGGCCAUUGUGAACAGUAGUUGAUGGGCUUCAUUUCUCUCACCUCUCACUGUGCAGGAUGUGAGAAGAGAGGGGAGCUCAACAUGCUCUCAUACCUUCUGCCUAAGGAGCUCACGAGAUCAGCUGGGAGGAUCUCUAUGCACAAAAGGUGUGUUAAAGAAAGGACUUUUCUGCUCCAUUCAGCUAUCUUAGUAUCUAUAAGCGUGCAUUUCUUGAAAUACUGGUAAGCCGAGAUAGCUAUGCCACACUGCUCUCGAUAGUUCAAAAUUAACAGCCUUGGAGAAAUGGUGCAGUGUGCUGCUUCUGAUUCCCAUUGAACAUAACAUUUAGUCAGGGUCACGUUAGUUAAUGGAGAGAUGUCAAUUGACUAGUUAACAGGGAGGUGCGUGGAGACCUUCUCUGUGACCAGAGGGAACCUACCUCUUCUCAACAAAGAAAUACGUGCAUUUUAAAUCUAGGUCUAGCUACUGCUCUGCCUGUGGUACCUGCAGUCUUCACAGUAGUUUUAGUGGGUAUUUGGAUAUUUAUAUGAUUAAUAAACAACCUAGAAUGAAAACAAGUUACAACCAUUACAAUAAAUUAUAAUUUAAGGUAGUUGCUACAUUAACAGUUUUUGUGAAUUCAGCUCUUAAUUAAUCUGCCUUAGGAAAAAAAAGGAAGGAACGUUAAUGCAAAUAAGUGUUCUGCACUAGGCAGGAGUGCUUCAUAAAUCAAAAUUUUCAGGCAGGCAAACUGGCUGCAGUUGUUUAUAUAGGGUUGGUUAAAUGUGUUUUUGAACAAAAAGGUUGAAAGCUUUUCUGAUAAUUAAAUUUUAUUUCAUAAUGUAUAUUUUAAAAUGUGCUCAGAGAUACUGUAUUAUUUAUUACCAGUUUACAAUUUCAAUUCAUGCUGAACAUACACUUUUUAUAGAUGAUUAACUGUAGCCCAUUAAAAUGUUUUAUUUUAAUGUCUGUUACAACGUUUAAGAAACAAACACCUCAUGUUUCUGCAAAGCUCUGUGUUCUCUUGCUCAAGUGAGUUGCAGUAUUGUCAGUGCCUAUGAAGCUUUGCAAGGCUGUUAAAGCAGCAGGUUUAUAUUUGCCAAGGAUAGCUCCUUAAACUUGCUUUCAUGAUGGCACGCCUUAACAGUGGUUGUAUUCUUGGUUCAGUGUCUGGUACUGUACACCGCUGAUGCUGUUCCAGGGGUCUUGAGUGCCUUCAGUAGGACUGAAGGCUUCACAGAUGUCAACAAGUGAUUCAUCCUUACCAGAUUGAGAAGACCUGUCUUGUGAACUCUUAGAUUACAAAAGUAACUAAAUCUGACAAGUAAAAUUAAGGCUGUACCAAGACAAACUGUGGAGAACUUGGAUGUUGGGUAACUCUAACCCUCUCAUAGGAACUUGCUGUCAAGUUCAGGCCCAAAACUGGCAGUGGCUUUCGAGUUCUAAAAUGUACAAUACUUUCUGUGUCAUGUCAUGUCAGCUGAAACAUGGCGUCGUUUUGUUCACAGCUCUCUUUCUUCUCUGCUCAGUCUUGAAUGUAUUUUAUGUCCGUUCAGUUGAUGGCUUUGUAAAAGUGUAAGUACAGAAAUAUUUAUCUAAGUGUAUCAUGUAUAGAAUUGUACUUGAGGAUUCUUAAUAAUGUAAAUGCACCACAGCUGCUCAUUAUUGUUAUUUUUUCUGAAAUGCAUUAUCAUUAGCGGUUUACACAGACAGGAAAACAACACAAUAUGAUACUUUUAGUAACUUAUUUAUUUGCAAAGAUUGUAAGAUUUAUUGAGCUAUAAAUUCAGAUAUUUGUUUUAGAGACUGUUAAUACUGUAGCACUGUAGAAAUUCAUGAUCAAUUAAAAGACAUUCUAAACUUUG